UUCGAACUGCCGCCCACCCGCUACAAUGACACCGAGGACUUGCUGGAGCAAUACGCAACCUUCAUGCUGGGAAACAUGAAUCAGAGCGUCGAUCCCUGCGAGAAUUUUUAUGAGUAUGCAUGUGGGAACUGGAAAAAGGCAGAGCUGGUGCCCAUCGAGGCUCGCAACGACAGCUUUCUGCAUGCCAUACAAAAGCGUAUUGACACCUACGUGCUUGGCUUUCUCCAAAAUGCCACCGAGUCGGAGCUGCAGGCCUACAAUACCAGCUCUGCGGAGCGCAAGGCAAAGCAGUUCUACGGCAGCUGCAUCAAAAUGAAGAGCAACCUCACAGCGGGCUACCGCUCCCUCUUGGAGUACCAAGAUGAUCGAUAUAGAGCCCAGCGUCCGAACGAGACGAUGGACUGGAUCUACAUUAACUUCAUGUCCCCCUUCGAUAUGUAUCCUCUGCUGCCGCUCAAGGUGCACUACAGUACACCCACGCGUAAGUUCCAUAUCCUGCUUUCAGUGCCACGCAAAGUACUGGGUAGUGUGGACGCCGCCACUCUCAAGAACAUGACGCGGGACUUUCAAAUAGCGGAAGGAGAUCAACAGAAACACUUCAUGGAUGAGUUUCACAACCUCACACAGUUCGAGCGAAACCUGACUGACUUGGUGGUGGCUAGGAACGAGACGGAGCAGCUAUCGCUGGGCGGGUUCCUAGUCAGACACAAGCAGGAUCGUCUGAACUGGACGCGCUACUUCGAGAUGGCGUUCAACGGCACACAGCAGGAGCAUUGGCAAGUGCUUAAUGUUGUGGAUGGUGUUGGCCCCCUCGUGCAUUUCUUGGAGCACACAAAGCUGGACAUGCUACGUGCCUAUGUUCGUUGGCGCGUCUUGCUCAAGUUCUACGCCAUAUGGACGCAGGACAGCACGGACAAGGCACAAGUUGAGCGCGCCUGUCGCGCCCAUGUUGAGAGCUAUUACAACUUUGCCCUGCUGCCUUGGUUCAUAGCCAAUGUGUUCGACAGUCAACGGCGCGCCGACAUAUUGAGUGUGGCCAAGGACAUCAAGGAGACUUUCUAUGAUCUGUUGGAUCGCUACAGCUGGCUCGACGACGAGACCAGGUCCGAGGCAAAAACAAAACUCUUGUCCAUGGAUGUCCUAGUGGGCUACAGCGAUGAGUUGCGCCACCGAUCGCUUAUCGACGAGGUCUACAGCGACAUCAACAUGACUGGAAACUGGUAUGAGGAUCUAAUGGUCCUGGAACGCAAUCGGGCACGCAUUCGCUUGAAGUCUGUGGACAAGGCGCUCAUACCGCUGCUCAUGCCGACUCGAACUGUCAACGCCUACUAUGCGGACUUUCUGAACCUCGCAUUCAUCACCAUUGGCAUGGCGCAGUGGCCUUUCUAUCACAAAGAAUUUCCCCCAGUGCUCAAGUAUGCCGGAAUCGGAAACAUUAUUGGCCACGAGAUGGCCCACGGCUUCGACUCCUAUUGCUACCAAUACAACUAUGAUGGCAAGAAGGUGAACUGGUGGUCGGCGGGCUCGCUGCGAAACUUUAAGGAGCGCUUCCGCUGUCUGGAGUCGCAGUACAACAAAUUCAUACUAAUGGGUGUGCAGACGAAUGGAACUCUGACCUCUGGCGACAACAUCGCCGACAAUGUAGGCACACGUAUGGCCUAUUACGCCUACAAGCGGCGAACCGGGGACAAGGCAUGGGACUUGAAACCGCUGCGUAGUUUGAAGUUCUCCAAUAAGCAGCUGUUCUUCCUGAAAUUCGCCCAGACCUGGUGCUCGGGAAGAGACAGUGCAUCGAAGCUGAAGAGACUGAAAACGGACGUACAUGCCUACGAAGAGUUUCGGGUGACGGGUGUGCUGAGUAAUAUGCCAGAGUUUAGCGAGGCUUUCAAGUGUGAGCUGGGCACGGAGAUGAAUCCGCUGAAAAAGUGCGUGGUAUGGUAG